UGCCCUGCAGCUUCCUUUCCCUUCCUUCCCUCCCCUGCCCACCAGCAGAAGACCCCAACCGUCUCCAAGGUGCGUCCAUCCCAGUCCAUCCCCGACCGCUCGAGCACCACCAAGAGACUGACCAUCACAGCCUCAAGGCAGCUCGCAAACCGUCUCAUCCUGUCUCCCAGCUCCACCGUUCUGGCUCUGAGCCCACACCGUCAUCUCCACAUCCCGUCCCAAGCCGCCCGCAAGCGGAACCACGCGAUGGGCAUGUCAAGACGCCGGCGUGUGCGGCUGUCGCAGGAGGACGCCCUGGAGGAAGACCGUCGCGAGGUCGUGGACCUUCUAGAAGGCCGUUUGGCAGCCCCCAGUGCCACGGUCUCGUCGCGCCCCACGCCCCCUGCUGGCAGCAGUAAGCGGGCGACCAGCCCAAUAGUCACUCCAGUGCGGAGUCUGCUAGAGGCCUGCCCAAGCACGCCGCUGCCCGGCCGAGAUGGGUCGGUUGCUGGGAUUAAUAGUCGAGCUGGGACGAUCCUGUCGACAGGGCGAGAUCCUCCCGUGCGAAGUUUGAUUGAGCCUACUCCCGCUGUCGGUGUGUUGUGCCCCCCUAUUCAGAACGACACGCGAAGGAAGAAGAAGAAGGAGAAGAAGGAGAAGGAGAGAAAAAACAAAACACUCCUCUUUGUGGGCGUCGCAGACCACCCGCCGCGCAGGUCGUCCGACAACACAGAUUACAGGCUUUCCAGGGAGAAGAAACCCUUUGCAAGACCCGAUCUGCACCCCCAGUUUACGGAUACUACGACUGCUGGCCCCAUGCCACCCAGCGUCCCGAGCCGCGAUGCGCUGCCAGCGCGCCCAAGCAAGAGUUCCAUGGUAUCGAGGAUGGCCGGUCUCGAUCUCAAGGGGCCAUUUGCCAGGGGCAGAGACGCCGGAGGACGCACGUCCACCAGCACGCGGGGAAUGUCUGCCGACCCCAGUACGACCGCCCGCAUCGGGCGAUCGGCAUCCAGGAACCGCUGGCUCAGCUCUCCGUUCAACCUCGCCUCCCGGUCAGGAAAGCUGGUGACUGACCAAGGAAAAUUAAUUGAUAUGGACAAUGCAUACAGGCACUUUGCUGACGAUGAGCUGGCCAAAUCGGCCGGCAGCCUGGCCGCGCUGUCCAAAGCCAACCGGGCGUCCGAGGAUGAUGGCGGGGUUCCAGCUGCAGUUGCUGCUGCUGCCAACGCCACCACCCGGGGCGAUGAACGUCUAGCCAAGGAUCUCUUUGACAGCGAGAAUAAUCCCAUCGAUUCGAGUGACGAAGAUGAGGUGGAAGAAUCGACGUCUAGUGAUGAGGAGGGGGGAAGAUCUCCGACCCGAGGGCGAAAGAAAUCGACGGCUGAACCGUCGGCGGCCACCCAAGGCAAUGAUCAUAACACUGAAGACAAUACACAAGUAAAAGAGGAAGAAGCAGACGAACACGACGAUGAUGCUGAUUCGGUCGAAACUGCCAGACCAGAUCAGAUCGCGGAACAGGAACACCAGACCGUGGCAGGUCGAUAUCACGUCAAGUCUCUCCUCCCCCCCGAGCCUCACAAGCCGGUGAAGAAAUCAGAUGUCCACCCGCGGACGAGCUUUGACAAUACGGCUUCUGCAAUCGGGACGCCUUUUGGCUCCGACGACGAGGCAGAGCUGUCGGAUAUUGCGCGGGCGCAGAAGCUCAGCAUCCAGAUGUCCGCGAUCGACCAUUCCAUCCCGCACCGGGCGAUUCGGACCAUUAUCCGAGGCGACUUUGCCAGUAUCAAGAACGAGGCCGAGGAGGGCCGUCGCCGCCAGCGCAAAUACCUCGUGGCCACCGAUCUGAGCGAGGAGUCUGUCUAUGCCCUGGAAUGGACCAUCGGGGGGAUUCUCCGCGAUGGAGACACCAUGUUCGCCGUUUUUGCAGUGUCCGAUGAGAACGCUUCGGGGAGCCGAGAUGUCGACCCGGCCACGCCGACCAGACUCAUCCACGACACUACCGCAGUGGUCGGAUCCCAGACGGAGGAGACGACCAACAAGUCACAGGCCGAAGCGGCCACUCCUUUGACCCGGGCGCUGUUUGCUCGCCUGGGGUCGGGGACAGACAGCCGAUCGAGCUCUGUAGACACCAAGAUCAUGUCCAAAGCCGAAUUGGAGCGAUCCCAUGCCGUCGAAUCCAUCUCGCAAACCUGUGUGCGGCUGUUGCGGAAGACCACCCUCCAGAUCCGCGUCGCAGUGGAGGUGAUCCAUUGCAAGAACCCGAAAAACAUGAUCACUGAAGCGAUUGACGGACUGGAGCCCACGCUGGUCAUCGUCGGGGCACGAGGCCGAAGUGCGUUCAAGGGGUGAGUCUUCUCCUGGCCUUUACAAGCUUAGUUACCAGCUAUGUCUAACAAUUCCCGUUAUCUCAGCAUCCUUCUAGGAUCAUUCUCAAACUACCUGGUCACCAACUCGUCGGUCCCUGUCAUGGUGGCCCGCAAGAAGCUGAAGAAGAACAAGAAGAAACCCUCACGCACCGCCAACCCCAACUAUCUGAACACGCCCAACAAACUUUCCAUGGCCAAGGUGGACGAGUAUUCCGAUAAGGAAAGGAAGGGGAAAUGAUCGGGCGUUUGACAACUUGACAAGCCUCCUCCUGCUCACGGUUAUGCGAGGGUUUACGAGAAAUAUGAUUAUUCUGCUCACUAGCGCCGGACGCGGCAUGAUGUAUCUUACUGUAUCAUUAUACCAAUCAUAUCCUACAGACCAUCCUUACCUUAUUAUUCUC